AUGACAAAUAUGAACGGUGGUGAUUCUGAAGGUGAGCCUCCUGGCGAGCAGGGCACGCCCCAACCUAUUGCUAUCAUCGGGUAUGCCUGCCGGCUGCCGGGGCAAGUUACAUCUCCCAGUGACCUAUGGGAGCUCUGCACCCGAGCUCGAAGUGGCUGGACACCCAUCCCCAAAGACCGGUUCUCUGUCGAAGCAUUUCACCACCCUAACCCGUCCAAAGUUGGUUCCUUCAACCCGAAGGGAGGCUACUUCCUCGACGAGGACAUUGCACGCUUUGAUGCUCCCUUCUUCAACCUCACCGUUCAAGAAGCUACAUCCAUGGACCCUCAGCAGCGCUUGCUGUUGGAGUGCGCGUAUGAAGCUUUGGAGAGUGCUGGAAUCCCCAAAGAGAGUCUUGCCCGCCGAGACGUGGGCGUCUUUGCUGGUAGUAAUUUCUCUGAUUACGAGCUAAAUAACGUCCGUGAUAUCGAGACUAUCCCCAUGCACCAAGCUACUGGGUGUGCAGCCUCACUGCAGUCCAACCGUAUCUCAUACUUCUUCGAUCUACGAGGGCCCAGUAUCACAGUGGACACGGCUUGUUCUUCUUCGCUUGUUGCACUCCACUAUGCAGUACAGAGCUUGCGAAGCGGGGAAUCCAAGGAAGCUCUCGUUGCUGGUUGUCACCUUAACCUUGUACCAGAUAUUUGGGUUUCUAUGUCCAUGUCACAGCUGUUCAAUGAUGAGGGUAAAACCUUCUCCUUCGACGAGAGAGCUACAUCUGGUUUUGCGCGAGGCGAAGGCUCCGGUGUCGUAAUCCUGAAACCCCUCGAUGCUGCAUUGCGCGAUAAAGAUCCCGUCCGUGCUGUGAUUGUACAUUCGGGAGUCAAUCAAGAUGGGCGAACACAGGGAAUUACGCUGCCAAAUGGCCAGGCUCAGGAAGAGCUAAUUCGGCGGGUCUAUAGAGAGGCCAACAUCAACCCGGACGAAUGCGGGUUCGUAGAAAUGCAUGGAACUGGAACAAAGGCCGGUGAUCCUAUCGAAGCUACAGCAGUUCAUGCAGCACUUGGAAAUAAUCGGACUCCGACGAACCCGCUUUACAUUGGAUCAGUCAAAUCCAAUAUUGGACACUUGGAAGGUGCCAGUGGAAUUAUUGCCAUCAUUAAAGCAGCCAUGAUGCUUGAUAGAGAUUUGAUGCUUCCGAAUGCCGAGUUCAAGAAAGCGAAUCCUAACAUUCCUAUGAGCGAGUGGAAUAUGAAAAUCUUAACGACGACGCGGCCCUGGCCUUCUCGCAUGAAAUACCUUAGCGUGUCCAAUUACGGUUUUGGGGGAACCAAUGCACAUGCCGUUCUUGAAAAGGCACCAUUGACAUCCAAAGCCCCAGAUGGAGCUGUUGAGGAUGUUGACAUGGACCCUAAACGCAAGUUGUUUUUGAUCUCUGCCAACGACAAGGAGUCUCUACGAACUAGGAUCAAAGACUUUGGCAUUUACUUCGAACAACAUCCAGAGGUCUUUGAAAAGACUCUAUUCGGCAACUUUGCUUAUACUCUAGGCAACAAGAUGUCCCAACUCUCGUACCGUGUUGGUGUAUCAGCUACCUCGCUAGAUGAUCUUGGAAUCCGUCUUGCCCAAUUGAAGAUCAAUCCAUCCAGGGUUUUAGGCUCCCCAAUAGUCUCGUUUGUCUUCACUGGUCAAGGGGCCCAGUGGGCACAGAUGGGUGUUCCCCUUAUGCAUGAGUACCCUGUCUACGAGUCGGCCAUCAAACGAGCUGAUCAAUGCCUACGGGAUCUUGGAGCUGAGUUUUCACUGAUCGAAGAGUUGGAAAAGGAUGUUACUAUCUCCGAGAUUGACUACCCUUAUCUGAGUCAACCGGCCUGCACAGCGCUUCAGAUUGCGUUAGUCAAUCUCCUGGAAUCUUGGGGAAUUCGUCCCGCUUCAGUCGUUGGCCAUAGUUCUGGAGAGAUUAGUGCAGCCUACGCUGCGGGGAUUUACGACUUGGAGGGAGCUAUAGCUCUGGCUUACUGGCGUGGUCAAAUGACCUCCUGGCUUAAAUCCUCGUUCCCGUCUCUUAAAGGCGCCAUGAUUGCUGUUGGAACCAGUCGCGAGGCUAUCCAGCCUAUUUUGAAGGCCCUAUCUGGUUACGCCACCGUCGCUUGCGUGAACAGUCCCUCCAGCGUGACCGUGUCUGGAGACGUGUCCGCAAUUGACGGACUUGAAAGUGUUUUCCAAGAUAAACAGCUUUUCAACCGAAAAUUGAAGAUUGACGUUGCCUACCAUUCCGACCACAUGAAGAAGGUUGCUGAGGCUUACCUCACUGCCAUUCAAACCAUUGAGCACUUCCCAUCGGCAACAGCCUCAUUCUUUUCUUCUGUCUUUGGACGCUUGAUGGAAGCUUCAGAGCUUGGUCCAGAAUACUGGAUUUCUAACCUGACAUCACCGGUGUUGUUCUCUGAUGCUCUUGGCAAGAUUGUGUCGGACGAUGAAACACGACCCAACCUUCUUGUUGAAAUCGGUCCACACUCAACACUAAAGGGCCCUAUAAUGGAUAAUCUAAAAAGCUUGGGCUCCACCGUCUCCAAGAUUGCAUAUACACCAACAAUUAUUCGUGAAGUGGAUGCAGCUAAGUCAGUCUUAGAUACCGCUGCUGCUGCCUACAUGCGGGGCGCUACACUCAACAUGACAGGAGUGAAUUUUCCCAAGACCAGUGCGGCAAACCGUUGGUUCUUGAGUAACUUGCCUCGCUACCCUUGGCAACAUGGAACUCGGUACUGGCACGUUGCCCGUAUCUCACAGAAGCAUAGGAUGAGAGACCGCGCCAGGAAUGAUGUCUUGGGAGUAUUGGCAAACUACUCAAAUGAUCUGGAGCCGACGUGGCGGAAUAUUAUCCGCUUAGAUGAGAUUCCCUAUCUCCGGGACCACAAGAUGCAGGGGAUGGUCGUAUACCCCAUGGCAGGCUAUUUGGUAAUGGCCAUUGAGGCCGCUCGAAGACUCGCAGAGCAAGCUGAUAUCCAAAUCUCCCAAUUUGAACUGAGGGAGGUCAUUGUGGGUUCGGCGCUUGUGCUCAGUGAUGACACAGAUGCAGAGACCACCAUUACUCUCCGCCCCUACGCUGAAGGUACCCGUGGAUCAUCCGAUAUCUGGGAUGAGUUCCGUGUCUGUUCAUGGACCUCAAAAAGAGGAUGGACAGAGCACUGUACUGGGCAGGUGCGGGUUCGCUCCGAUCCGAAACAGCAGGCGGCUACGAUAUCGAGCCCAUUCGAGACUCAAACCACCCACACGAAAGCUCAAAUCGCGAGAAUUCAGGAGGCGGCUACUCAUCACCUCGAUAUGUCCCACAUGUACCAGGUCCUUAGUGAUCUAGGAGCUGGGUAUGGUCCCAUCUUCCAAGAUAUUGAUAACUGCUACUCCAGCCCUCAUCACUCGUUUGGCGAUCUACAUGUUAGGGAUACCCGCAGUGUCAUGCCGAAGGGAUUUGAGCCUCCUUUGACUGUCCACCCAUCAUUCCUCGACGGGCUUCUACAUUUUGCUUGGCCCCUCCUUGGCCAGGGCUUGGGCCGAAUGGACCUGGACACACUUUACAUGCCGACAAUGAUCAAGCGUGUGACAGUCGGCCUCAAUGCCCCAACUACUGCUGGUGAAUAUCUUAAAGGUUAUUGCAGUGGCAGUUCCAGCUUGCCUUUCCCUGCGCCGACCAAAUUCAACCUUUUUGCUACCCCAGAGGGCUCUACAGAGCCCAUAAUUACAAUAGAUGGUUUGGUAAUGACUCCUCUCAGAAAUCCAGACAUGCACCGUGAAGAAACUCGCAAACUGUGCUAUAAAAUUGAUUGGCACCCCUUGACCGAGGUUGAAAAUGCCGUUGAAGGAGAUGAUCAAGAUCGCAAUAGCCCUGCGGAAUAUUGUGGCCACACCGACACCCCCGGGGACGCAAAUACGAAUGGAAACACAGAACAGAAAGGCAACGCGCACGCAAAUGGAGAUCAUAUCAAACCCAAUCACGAUCUCUUCAUCACUCACUUUGGAAAAGCUGAUGGUAUUGCUGAUAAAUUGAGAAUUGCACUGUCUGACACAUCCGGCCGGCAGGUGUCCAUCGGAACCUUUGGUAAAAUGGACUUCUCUCAAAAGUAUCUUGUUCUCCUUCAGACUGGAGCCAGCUCUCUACGAUAUCUCACCAAAGAUGUAUUUGAGGAGCUCAAGAAGGCGCUGUUCAAAGCUCAAACUGUGCUCUGGGUGUACCGGACUGAUUCUCCAGAUGCUCAAAUGACAGUCGGAUUGGCUCGCACCUUACGCUCGGAGACCUUGGCUAGGAUAGCUACUCUUGGGUUGGCUCCUGUGGACAUCGAAUAUUCCGAGAAGCCUAUUCAGGCAGCCAUUAGUGCUCUAUGGCCCACCGACGGGAAGCAGCGCUCAAAAGAUCUCGAGUUCAAGGCUAAAGGCUCGGAGCUCUUUGUCCAACGCAUAGUAGAAGAUGAUGCUGCUAAUAGUUUCGUCCACAAUGAGACCCACGAUAUGACAAUCUCAACCCAACCAUUCAGUCAGCCCGGGCGACGCUUCAAGAUCCAGAUCGGCAACCCAGGUGCUCUCGAUUCCCUCUACUUUGUAGAUGACACUCCCUUACCACUCAGCGAGGACCAGAUCGAACUUCGAGUCAAAGCAAGCGGUCUGAACUUCAAAGAUAUUGUGGUCUCCAUGGGCCAGCUUGCCCAGUCCUAUAUUGGAAUUGAGUGCAGUGGUGUUGUUUCCAAUGUAGGAUCAAAUGUGAAGAAUUUCAAGGUUGGUCAAAGAGUCAUGGCCAUGUCGGAGGGCUGUUUCUCAACCUACGCACGAUGCGCUGCCACUAGCGCCGCGGAAAUCCCAGGCGACAUGUCAUUCGAGGUCGCAGCCACAGUGCCAGUUGUAUUCUGUACUGCAUACUAUUCUCUAUUUGACCUAGGUCAGCUGAAAACCGGCGAGCGGGUUUUGAUCCAUGCCGGUGCUGGUGGUGUCGGUCAAGCCGCCAUAAUGCUAGCGCAGAUGAUAGGUGCAGACAUUUUUGUUACAGUCGGAAGCCUCGACAAGAAACAGUUCUUGAUGACCCAGUAUGGUAUUCCCGAGGGCCGCAUCUUCUAUAGUCGUGAUGCAUCCUUUGCUCGCAGCAUCCGCAGAGCAACUGGCGAUGUUGGCGUGGAUGUCAUCGUCAACUCCCUAGCAGGUGAUCUAUUGCGCGAGACUUGGGAGUGUCUUGCGGCGUUUGGACGAUUUGUCGAGAUUGGCAAGGCCGAUAUCACGAAAAAUACCCGCCUUGACAUGCAGCCUUUUGAGCACAACGUCACAUUCUCGUCGGUUGAUCUUACUAAGGUUGGAAAGUUCAAGCCGCAGCUGAUGAAACGCCUCCUGUGUGACGUUUGUCGACUAAUUACUGAGGGAUCGGUUCAUCCUGUCCUUCCACUCUCGAUCUAUCGGAUUUCUGAUAUCGAGAAGGCAUUCCGUACUCUACAGAUCGGCAAGAGUAUGGGUAAAAUUGUAAUGGUUCCCCAUGAAGGUGACCAAGUCAAGGCAAGCAGCACCACCUUACCCGUGAUCAGUCCCACUCUCUUACGACCUGAUGCAUCAUACAUUUUGAUUGGUGGUACUGGCGGUCUAGGCCGAAGCAUCGCCAAGUGGAUGUCCUCGAAGGGUGCAAAGAACAUUGUUCUUGUGUCUCGCCGAGCCACGAUUAAUGAAAGGGUCCAAGCUUUGAUUGAUACCUUAGCUCCCCUAGGAGUGCGGAUGGUGGUUAAGGCUUGCGAUGUCAGCAGCCAGGAGUCUGUCGAGGCUCUGGUUAACGAAGAUAUGAAAGACCUUCCCCCUAUACGUGGUAUCAUUCACGGUUCGAUGGUGCUUCGUGAUAUGCUCUUCGAAAACAUGUCUCUCGAAGACUUUACGGCCGUAGCACGCAACAAGGUAGAAGGAGCUUGGAAUCUGCACAACACGCUGAUAAAUUCCCCGCUAGAUUUCUUCAUUGCCCUCUCAUCAGUGGCCGGCAUAAUCGGCAAUCGCGGACAAGCAGCAUACUCCGCAGCAAACGCAUUCCUGGAUGGAUUCAUAGAAUACCGCAAAUCCAUUGGUCUUCCGGGAACAUCAAUCGACCUCGCUGCAGUCAGCGACAUCGGCUAUCUAGCCGAUACCGACGCCCAGCGACGCCAGGAAGUACUGAAGAAUAUUGGCGGCCAGACCAUCGACGAGUCGGAAGUCCUGGCGCUGAUAGCAGCCGCUCUGACGGGUGAUCUCGACAAGUCCUGCUCUGGGCAGUGCAUCACGGGAUUGGGAGUGGAUUCACUCGAGAACAACUUCUGGAUCCAGGACGCGAGGUUCAGCGUGCUCCACGAGGCUGCUAGAGGUACACUGGGAAGCAGUUCGCAGAGUGACGGCCCGUCUGUGCCGCUGCACGUCACUUUGUCGGCUGCCUCAUCCAAGGAGGAGGCUUUGAAAGUAUGCUACGAGGCGCUGGCCGCAAAGUUAGCACAGGUGCUUGUUCUCUCCUUGGAGGAUAUGGAUCCCUCGAUUACAGUGGUUUCGUUGGGUCUUGACUCGCUGGUUGCUAUUGAGAUCCGUAACUGGAUUGCCCGUGAGGCUAAUGCCAAUGUGCAGGUUCUGGAGUUGUUGUCCAGUGGCAGUUUGAUGGCCUUGGUUGAGAUUAUCCUCAACAAAUCUCAGGCUUAUACUCGCACUGAGUAA